UGAUUCUUCUUCCAACCUUCUUUCUGCGAAGUGAUGGCGUCUUCCUCAUUCUUCUAUUCACCCAACCACCAACGUCUCCUAUCCUUCACAAAGCAAAUAACAACACACGUCAACCAAUCUCGUCACAGAGAAGCUUUAUCAAUCUUCCACCACAUGCACUCUUCCCUUUUCAUGUUCCUUGACCCACACGUUUUCACCCUCGUUCUCAAAUCCUGCACCUCCCUUCACCUUCCCUACCUCGCUACUUCCAUCCAUUCCCACCUCAUCAAAUCCUCUUUUCUUACCAACAACCCAUUCCUCUCUUCUUCCCUCCUCAACUUCUACGGCCAUUGUGUUUCGCUCAAUCAUGCACACCAACUGUUCGAUGAAACUCCUCACCGAAACGAUGUUAUUUGGAAUUCCAUCAUUGCACUUUACUCGCGUGUGCAAAACAUUACAACUGCUGUUAAUCUCUUUAAUGAGAUGGAUGUACCGCCUAAUGAAUCAACUUUUAACCCGAUUAUAGCAGCUUUGUCAUUGUCGAAUCAAAACAAUGCUUCGUUUAAAGCGAUAAGCUUUUACCGGAGAAUGACUGGGUUGAAAUUAAAGCCGGGUUUGAUCACUCUACUUGCUCUUGUUCGUGCGUCUGUUUCGAUUGCAGCGUUGAAUUUGAUUAAAGAGAUUCAUGGUUAUGCGAUGAGGAAUGAUAUUGAUUCACAUCCUCAGUUGAGUAGUGGGUUGAUAGAAGCUUAUGGUCGAUGCGGUUGUUUAAUGGAUUCACGUACAGUUUUUAAGAAUAUGAGGGGCUGCGAUAAAGAUGUAGUUGUUUGGAGUAAUUUAAUAUCUGCUUGUGCUUUACACGGUGAAGCAAAGGAAGCAUUGGAGUUUUUUCAAGAAAUGGAAGUUUCAGGCGUGAAGCCAGAUGGGAUUACUUUUCUUGCUGUUUUGAAAGCUUGUAGUCAUGCUGGGUUGGAUGAUGAGGCGUUGUGUUUUUUCAUGAAGAUGCAUAGGGAUUAUGGCGUUGAGCCGAAUAGCGAACAUUAUUCAUGUUUGGUUGAUGUUUUGAGUAGAGCUGGGAGAUUGUAUGAAGCUUAUGAGGUUAUUAAAGGGAUGCCUGUGAAAGUGACUGCCAAGGCAUGGGGUGCUCUUCUUGGUGCUUGUACGAAUUAUGGGGAGUUGGGGUUGGCUGAGAUUGCGGGGAAGGCUUUGGCUGAGGUUGAACCAGAUAAUGCUGCAAAUUAUGUUUUGUUGGCUAAGAUUUAUGCUAGUGUUGGGAGACGAGAGGAGGCUGAUAGAAUGAUAAGGGAAAUGAAAGAGAAGGGAGUGAAGACUACGAGUGGUACUAGCUGGGUCGUGUAUUCUGAGUCUUAAGAUUCAUUGCGUUUGUCAAACGUGGUUUUAAUUUGCAGUUAUGGUUGAGAUUUGGUUUUCAAUAUUGUUGGAAAUCCCAGACAAAUGUUGUUUGCGUUGCAGCAAUUGCAGUUGCAAAGAUCUCAGAACUGUUGAUGUUUUGGUCACGUUAAUUGUUUGUGUUUUGCAAUUGAUAUGUGUUGGACAUGUGAUAGUAUUGAAACUACUACUUUGAGCUUCUAAAUGAAAGCACGAUGAAAGUGUCGUGGCCGCGGAAACAAACACACUGACAAUUGCUUUCGUAGACCAUAAUUUUAAAAGAAAACUUACAGUAUCAUGAGCACAGAGUAAUUAUGAUUAUUGUAAGUUUUAGUAGAGAACAACACCUAUAGGCUAUAGUACUGUUGGCAAGUUUUGCCCUACUGUGAAAACUGGUUGUCAAGUAAUGUUUUUUUCUUGAUACCCUUGUUUUGUCUCAUUUUUUUUUUUCUCCUAAUGAAAGGAUAAUAAGAUUAAUAUAGAAAAAGAGAAUUGGUGAAGUGUGGUGUUUUGAAUGGACGGAUGGAGGAUUGGACUGAAAAAGGGACUGUUUAUUUGGGUCCCUUUGGGAUAGGAUGAAUUGAUGAGGUUGAGCUCGUUACUUGCAGCUAUCAAAGGCAGGUACGACGAGUUGGCAAUUGCACUUCUUGAUAAGGUGUUGCUAAUUUGAUAUGGAUUUGAAUCUUCUGGUUUUAACACUGGACAUGACUUUUGCUGCAUUGGUGGGUUCUGAUCCUAUAUUCCGACAACCAGGGAGAAUUCAAACCCGUGCUGAUAAAUUGAUGGAUAUUUCUCAUGCAAAUCGUUUGAUGUAUGGUAGAUUUGAAUGCUGCACAAUAGCUUGUACAUUGACUUGAAUAUUUCUAUUAUUUUUUGUUAAUCAAAUCCUGUUUUUAUGUCUA